AUGGACCAGCAACUUCUCUCACAAUCACUCAUUGACUUGAAUCGGCCAAGCAGCACGCCGUCACGGACAAUCAUGCGCGUCAAGCUUAGUAAUUGCUUUUGCAUUUGGAACUUGUAUGAUGGCUACGACUGGCAACGAACGCGAGAGGAAAUCAACCAAGCAGUGCAAGGUGCUAUCGCCAAAGCACAAGCUGAACCAGCAGAGGAAGAAGACGAAGAUGAGCCUGAAGAGGUUGGCGAUUUGCUCUUCAACUCCAUCUACCUGGCCUUGCCACGAGGAGCAACAUCCGAAGACGUCACGGCAGCCAUCAAUAUGGAAUUAGCGCAAGCCAGCAGCGAUACAGCCAGCCAAGCCACAACAGUCGUGCAAACAACCACAGUUCAGCCACUCCUGCAACUUGGCCGGUCCAAGUCUCACAAGGUUCGCUUUGAGGUGAGUGGACUCAAUCUCGAUUUUGCACUCAUGGAUGCGGCAGAGGGCGAAGUUCUCAAUCACAUGACGCUCGCCGUCUCGGAGCUAGAGAUUUUUGACAAUCUGGCCACAUCUACCUGGCGAAAGUUUCUAACGGCACUACGAGCGAAGGAUGGCAGCGAUCGCACACAAGGCAGCAAGAUGCUUAUCCUAGAUUUGCUGACUGUACGGCCCGUCGCUGGUCUGGCUGCAGCGGAGGUCGUCAUCAAAGCAAACUUGUUGCCCCUGAGACUGCAUGUUGAUCAAGACACGCUCGAAUUCAUGACGCGCUUCUUUGAAUUCCGCGAUCAGCGCGUCGUCGAAAGUAGCUUGCCAGCGGAAGAGCUAUUCAUCCAACGCUUCGAGAUUAUGCCAUUCACAUUGCAGAUUGACUACAAACCAAAACGUGUCAACCUCAAGUCGCUGCGCAGUGGGCGCACAACAGAAUUCAAAAACUUUUUUAUUCUUGAAGACAGCUCCAUGGUCAUGCGGCAUGUCGUGCUGUAUGGCAUUUGUGGUCUUCCGCGCGUGUUUGAGCUGCUCGAGGAAAUUUGGCUCGCGCACAUCAAGUCCAACCAGCUAGGCUCUGUCCUGGCAGGUGUCUCUGCUAUUCGUUCACUUGCUCAAUUUGGCGGCAGCCUCAAGAAGCUUGUUACGGUGCCUGUUCAAGAGUACCGACGAGACGGACAAAUUGUGCGUGGCGUACAAAAGGGUAUCGUAGCAUUUGCGAGGUCCACUGGAACCGAGGCCGUCCGCUUAGGCGCUAAGCUAGCAGUUGGGACACAAGGGCUGCUCGAACAAGCUGAAGGAUACUUUGUCGAACCAUCUGGACAAGCAGAAGCACCCGUCAGCAUGUACGCCAAUCAGCCAAAGAACCUGAGGCAAGGCGUCUCUCAAGCUAUCAGUGGCAUGUCGCGCAAUGUGGCCACUGCACGCACGGCACUCGCUGCAUUACCGCGCGAAAUUGAGGAGGAGGAAGAUGCUCGGGGUGCUGUCCGCGCCGCAGCACGCAGUGUACCGAUUGCCGUGAUUCGACCACUCAUUGGUACGACCGAGGCCAUCUCGAAGACGUUGCUUGGCCUGCGGAAUACCAUGAAUCCCGGCCAGCAAAAGCUGAAUGAGGAUAAAUACAAGUGA